AUGAGGUCACAAACCACAGUGUCCAAUGGGGCAACAGACUCCAGACCUGUUUUAUUUUUCGAUAUUGAUAAUUGUCUUUAUCCCAGAAGUACCAAAGUCCAUGAUCUAAUGGCGGACCUAAUAGACAGAUAUUUUGCGACACAUCUAGGUCUUCCUGAAGAAGAAGCCAUCAAGCUUCACCAAGAGUACUACAAGAACUACGGUCUUGCCAUCGAGGGUCUAGUACGGCAUCAUCAAAUCGACCCCCUGGACUACAACGCUAAGGUCGACGAUGCUUUACCUCUCGAAAACAUCAUCAAGCCUAAUCCGCAGCUGCGGAAACUACUCGAGGACGUCGACAAGUCCAAAGUGAAAUUACGGCUUCUCACUAAUGCAUACGUCACGCAUGGUCGGAGGGUCGUUAGGCUUUUGGGCAUAGAAGACCAGUUCGAGGGCCUUACUUACUGCGACUACUCGCAGAUGCCUAUCGUAUGCAAACCGCAUAAGGACAUGUUCGCUAAGGCGAUGAAGGAAGCCGGAGUAGAAAAAGCCGAGGACUGCUACUUUGUUGACGACUCAUUCGCCAACGCACAAGGUGCUCAAAACCUAGGCUGGACAUCAGUCCACAUUGUCGAAGAGGGACUACCAGUACCGGCGUCCCCGGCGUCCAAAUACCAGAUUAGACACCUAGAGGAGCUACGGGGAAUAUUCUCGCAAUUCUUCAAAUCGGAAAACUAA